AUGUCUUCGAGCUGUGCCUUUACCAUUGAGUCCAGUGAAGGGACCUUCACGCUCAGCCCCCCGUGGGACCUUGCCCCCAGCCAUCACCCCUCCGGCACGGAAUCGGAGGGACAGGGGCAGAGGCUGCACAGUGGAGUUCUCAGAGACCUUGAGCGUCAAAAUCAGAAAAAGGAGAACAUUCGCCUGCUAGAAGAGCAGAUUGCUUUGACAAAGCAGCUUAUGGAAGAAAGAGACAAGGCGCUAAUGGAAGAAGGGUCCCAGCAGUCCUAG